AGUUCUCUGGCUGAGAAUUAUGCAUGUGUAGCGUGAUUCAUGCCGCUCGAAUAAAUAUAAAUAGAACUUUAUUGAUUUCAUUACAAUCUAUUUAGUUGUUAGUUGACAAUUUAGAGUUGAAUUUAAGAAUCGAGCAAGUGAGUGAUAGUUAAGUUGUGAUUCAAACUCUCGCCGUGGAAAAUCGACUACCCUCACAUUUUAGAUAACGUUUUGAGAGUACAUCGGCGGUGAAGAUGAGAAUUAGUAGUGCGAAAAGAAAGAGAUCUGUCAUAGGAAUUAUAUAGAUUACCCUAAUAUUUUACGUUUUUUAUGAGGUAAAAAACGCGCGUUUUCUAUUCAAAGAAAAUGGAGGAGAGACUGCCACAAUCGAGGUUCAGAAAUCCUUUCUACGUGAUUCAAAGAACUAUUUUGAUUAUAACAGUGUAUAUGGUUCUUUUCACACAUAGAAGCGACACUGCACAACAGUUCACUGAGCAACCAAAGCCAGUUACUGCAGUUUUAGGGCAAAAUGUUACCCUGAAGUGUACGAUUAAGGAUCUCAGAGGAGCGGUUCAAUGGACCCAAGACGGGUUCGGUCUCGGCACGAGUCGGUCCUUGCUAGGAUACGACCGCUACAGCAUCAUAGGCUCAGCAGAAAAAGGUGAAUGGCACCUGAACAUUCGCACACUGCUGCUCUCGGACGACGCAGAAUAUCAGUGUCAGGUCGGAGCUGCAGAGGGCGAGCCCUUGUUGCUCAGCAGCAAAGCCAGCGUCACGGUGCGCGUGCCGCCCAAGAACAACGAUGACAUGGUCUCCAUAGACCGGCCCUCCCCCAUCACCGCCACCGCCGGGGAGCCUAUCAGGAUCAGCUGCAUGGCCAGGUUCUCGAAACCUGCAUCCACGAUCGAGUGGUACAAAGGCAGCGAAAAGAUCAAGAAAGGCACGGAGACGACGACGCUUGAGAUGCCCAACAGUUCGCUGGUGUCGGUGCGCAACACGCUCGACCUCACGCCCGACGAGACGUACAAUAACGUCAACCUGACGUGCAACGUCGCACACGUCGCCAUGGACGAGCCCAUCGUCAGGAGCGUCCUUAUGACCGUCAAAUAUCCUCCCAAGGUCAAGAUUGCUGCUGACUCAGUCAAAAUCACUGAAGGCGAUGAUGUUGUAUUCACAUGCACCGCAGAAGGCAACCCCAGCAAGCUAGUGUACCGGUGGGAGGUGGGGGGUGUGACUGUAGAGGGGGCGGACCACGGCCCGACGUUUACCAUGAAGAACGUCACGAGAAGUCUACAUAAGUCUACGGUCGCUUGCUUCGUCACCAACGACAUCGGGACAACGUCUGCCAACCACAAACUGGCUGUUGAAUAUGCGCCAGCUUUCAAGUCGGAACCGCAAGACGCGGAUGCGGAACUCGGAAAAUCCGUGAACCUGACAUGCGAUGUCGACGGAAAUCCAACCCCGGAGAUCGUUUGGACGCAUAAGGAUUCUGACAAGGUCAUCCACAUCGGAGCUACCAUGACAGUGACGGUCUCAGCAGCCACCGUCGGCACCUAUAACUGCAGAGCCACGGUCACUGGCUUCACUGAGAUCUGGCACGCGCUGUCAGUGCGCAUGCGCGGGGCGCCGAUGGUGGAGCCUGACCAGCGUCACUACGGCGUCGCCGGCGGGACCGUGAGACUCAAGUGUCGCCUGCACGCCAUCCCGCGUCCCACCUCCGUCACCUGGUCUCGUUAUGGAGUAACCAUAUAUCCUGAUCAGCACAAGUACAUCACCGAGGAGGAACCGACGGCGUCGGGGGUGGAAAACACGCUCACAAUUUUCAGCGCCAGACAAGAAGACUUCGGCCCUUACAACUGUACUGCCAACAACACAUUCGGCUCAGAUACUGCGAUUGUUCUGUUACUGCAACAACAGACCCUGCCUCUGAUCACAACCCUGGUCGCCAUCUUGGGCGGCAUCCUGUUCCUAAUCGUCGUGGUUGCCGCUAUCGUCCUCUUCAGGCGGAAGGGUCUCGAGUAUAAAGACCCAGCUAUGGAGAAACACGGCAUGCACGACCACGAAAAUUCAUCCUCGCACGAUUCCGUGAUCAAAAUGAACACGCACACGGGGACGUAUUCUGACACGUACACAGGCACAGCUUCAGGCACGUACACAGGCACGGCUUCAGGCACGUACACGGCUUCAGACUUGACGCCUUCAGAAGCCGACGAUGACGACCGCGAGCACGACGAGAACGACGAGGAAUUCAGCAACGAAGACUGGGAGACGAGAAACCUUGCCGACCCAACGCGCGCCGACGCCCGGCCUUACCAGUUCCCUGCUAGCAUGGACCUGCAGCUGAACACUAGUGGUUCCUACUUACCAUUCGACUAUCGCGGUGACUACAGUCCACCACCACCGCCACCACCACCACUACCAGCAAACUACCAUCGCAAUACCGUCUAUACCAGCGUUCCUAUGAACAACUUCGCAGUUAACAGUCCUGGUAGAAACGUCCCGCACGGAAAGUUCGUUCAAAUGCCGUCUGCCAGAGGGAGUUACGGAUCGAGCGGAACGCUGUUGACUCCCCAAAGCAAUCAGGUUUUUGUCCCGAACUUGGGGCCGCCCAAUACAGAUUUUGGCGCAAAUGUUUCCAUGACUAACAUGAACUUUGGAGGAGGAAUACGGGCCAGAGCUUUGUCCCCCACUAAUUCUCAGAAUAUAAGGAAUAAUUUGAAUAUACCUAUGAACAAUGUGGAUAAAAACUUGAUCUAUAGUCAGCUGGGCAGAACGAGGAAUGUUCUACGACCCAAUAGCCAAUACAUCACUGUACCUCAGAACGAUCUAGGGAGAGGAGGCAUCGGCACUCAUAUUUAGCUUACGGAUAUAAGUCUCAACAUUUGAUGUAAAAUCAUACGAAUUUUACUAGUAAAACAA